AUGGCCAAAAACGGGGGGGGGGGGGGGGGGGGGGGGGGGGGGGGGGGGGGGGGGAGGGGGGGGGGGGGGGGGGGGGGGGGGGGGGGGGGGGGGGGGAUGCCGCUCUCACCUGAGCUCUCAGCUUCUGUUUCUCGGCCUCCACAGAGUUCACAUGAGCCGAGAGCGACAUCACCAUCUGCAACAAACACAGCUGCAUCAGAACAUGCACCUGUGUACCCAGAACAUGCACCUGUGUACCCAGAACCUCCACCUGUGUACCCAGAACCUGCACCUGUGUACCCAGAACCUCCACCUGUGUACCCAGAACCUCCACUUGUGUACCCAGAACCUCCACCUGUGUACCCAGAACCUACACCUGUGUACCCAGAACCUGCAGCUGUGUACCCAGAACCUACACCUGUGUACCCAGAACCUGCACCUGUGUACCCAGAACCUACACCUGUGUACCCAGAACCUGCACCUGUGUACCCAGAAUCUACACCUGUGUACCCAGAACCUACACCUGUGUACCCAGAACCUGCACCUGUGUACCCAGAACCUGCAGCUGUGUACCCAGAACCUGCAGCUGUGUACCCAGAACCUCCACCUGUGUACCCAGAACCUCCACCUGUGUACCCAGAACCUCCACUUGUGUACCCAGAACCUCCACCUGUGUACCCAGAACCUACACCUGUGUACCCAGAACCUGCAGCUGUGUACCCAGAACCUACACCUGUGUACCCAGAACCUGCACCUGUGUACCCAGAACCUACACCUGUGUACCCAGAACCUGCACCUGUGUACCCAGAAUCUACACCUGUGUACCCAGAACCUACACCUGUGUACCCAGAACCUGCACCUGUGUACCCAGAACCUGCAGCUGUGUACCCAGAACCUGCAGCUGUGUACCCAGAACCUGCAGCUGUGUAA